CGCGGCCCUUCCUGGCUGGCCCGGGGCGGCGCUGCGCCUGCCGGCCAGGGGAAAUACUUGAGGCCGAGGUGGUGGCGCCGCAGAAUCCCGGCAGAGACUUGGUUCUCCUGAAGAGCCGGGAGGAGGCGACAGGCCCAGCCUGGCUUGCGCGCCCGGCGACGCCCAGCCCCCGACCCCAGCACCCUGCCUUGCCUGGAGGAGAGCAUGGAAGAGCUGGAUGAGAAGCCCCUGGGACCCCUGGAGGCCCCUGUGCAGGUGAGUGGAGCUGCCCUGCCCGGAGCGACCCCAGGUCUGCUGCCACGCAGGGCCGGCAGUCCAGCCCCCGGGGUUGGCCCCUGUGGCUGCGUGGUCCAUCACGGCCAGCAGACUCCUGGCUCUUGUGUGCUACACAUUUUAGGGAUCUCUGCUGUGGGUCUUGGGUCUUGUUGGAGAGAACUCCACCUGGGAGGAGUUGGGGAUCCUGAUUGAGAAACUCCCUGAGUACUGUUUGGAUCUCACCAGCAGUUCACGGCUUCUUGGGAGAAUGAGCAAUGAACGUUUUUGAAAUGUGCAGCGACUCGUGGCUCAGUAGAGGGGACCAGUACACCUGAGUGAGCCGAGGACCCUCUCCUUCCUCAGGGAGUUCCCAUCAAAGCUGAGGGAGAAGAUGCCGGGUCACUGGCCCUCACAUGCCAGAUUUGACAAUUGUACUUGGAAGAAGAGACUGUAUUUCAAAGCAGAGCCUGCCAGAUGAAGUGAAGACAGAAAGGUUGAUGCGGGAUGAUCCCUGGCUGCCUGCAGGUGAAGAAGUCUGUGACUAUAAGGACCAGCGGCAGAAGCAACCGGAGAAGCAAGCGAGGUGUUUGCAGGAAGUGGCAGUCACUCAAAGGAAAGCUGUUAUUCACACCACAGUCUGCAGAGGUGGGAAGCUUGAGGAGGGUAGGCUGGAGCCCAGUCCUCUGUCACUCCCACUGAUACCUAUAAGAAGCCAUUUUCAUAAACAUGUGUCAUAUGAUAAAAAAUUGCCUCCGAAUUCUGCAGUAAACAGUUAUCAGAAGACACAUAACCACAAGCAGCCAUGUGAGAAGAGUGAGUGUUUAAAGCUUCCUGAGAGCAUUCACCUCAUUCAAGUUACAAGAACUCAAACAAUAGAUACACCAUAUGGCUUUAGCAGCAGCAUUCCAUCCCUUAGCCACCCUAUACCCCCAAACAGGCAUGGACAAAUUUAUGGGGCAGGAGAAACCUCAAGUUUGAAGGCAUGUGGGCAAGUUGUGAACCAGAGCAUAUCAAAGGAACAGCAGGGGAUUCCUGGCGAUGAGAGUCAGCACACAUACAGUGAAAUCUCUCAGAGUUCAUCUCUGGUUCCAAAUGUGAAAAAUCAUUCAGAAGAGAAACCGUUUGAAUGUAAUCAAUGUGGUAAGUCCUUCAGCUGGAGCUCGCAUCUCAUUGCACAUCAGAGGAUUCACACAGGAGAGAAGCCUUAUGAGUGUAGUGAGUGUGGAAAAUCCUUCAGCCGCAGCUCACACCUUGUUUCGCAUCAGAGAACUCACACUGGAGAGAAACCCUACAGAUGUAACCAGUGUGGGAAGUCCUUCAGCCAGAGCUACGUCCUUGUUGUGCACCAGAGGACUCACACAGGAGAGAAACCUUAUGAGUGCAGCCAAUGUGGGAAAUCCUUCCGGCAGAGCUACAAGCUGAUUGCACACAAAAGAACUCACACUGGGGAGAAGCCCUAUGAGUGCAGCCAAUGUGGCAAAUCCUUCAUCCAGAGCUACAAGCUGAUAGCGCACCAGAGAAUACACACUGGGGAGAAGCCCUAUGAAUGCACCCAGUGUGGCAAAUCCUUUAGUCAGAGCUACAAGCUGGUUUCUCACCAGAGAACUCACUCAGGAGAAAAGCCCUUUGAGUGCAAUCAGUGUGGCAAGUCUUUCAGCUGGAGCUCCCAGCUGGUGGCCCAUCAAAGAACACACACUGGAGAGAAGCCCUACGAGUGUAGUGAGUGUGGGAAGUCUUUCAACCGCAGCUCUCACCUUGUUAUGCACCAGAGAACUCAUACUGGAGAAAAACCUUAUGAAUGUAAUCAAUGUGGGAAGUCCUUCAGUCAGAGUUACGUUCUUGUUGUACAUCAGCGAACCCACACCGGAGAAAAACCCUAUGAGUGCAACCAGUGUGGCAAAUCCUUCAGGCAGAGUUCAUGUCUUACCCAACAUCAGAGAACUCAUACUGGUGAAAAGCCCUACGAGUGUGGUCAAUGUGGAAAAACAUUCAGUUUGAGUGCUCGACUGAUCGUCCAUCAAAGAACUCACACAGGAGAGAAACCAUUUACCUGUAGCCAGUGUGGGAAAGCUUUCAUGAAUAGCUCUAAGCUUAUUAGGCAUCAGGCCACUCACUCAGAAGAGAGACCCUACGACUAAGAUUGGUUGGGAUAUUGUCAGCCAGAGUUGAUUCCUUUCUCUUGUAUUCUUUUUCAACAUUAUUUUAAGGGAGUACAUUUAGUGGGAAAAUAGGAUAAAAGCAAGGUAUGAAGAAAUGUGCAUUUGUCGCUUUAUUGGGUAUGUUGAAACUCAUUCUGAAGAAGAAUUGCGGAAACCCUGUCAAAUAAAUAUAUUCCCCAUACAGUCAGAAUUGGUCCCCAUGACACAUUCGUACAAUAGUACUAAAUAUUGGCACUUUUCUUUGCAGAAAAAGCUCAGAUCUGUUUCUAAGAUAAAAUCAUUGUGUUGUGGAGUAAUGCCUGUGAGUUUGACUUCCAAUACUCAAUAAAAUGCCAACCAUGGUUGACUUCCAGAGAUUAUUGUAAAAUUUCUGGGAAAUGAUAACUCAGUGUAGCAUUUUGUAUGAUAGACCCACUAAUUAGUUUGUAAUGUGAUUCAUGCAGCA